AUGAUAGCGGUAUUCUUCGACCUGGUGAUCGAAUCCGAAGAUCCCCCCGAGCUGGAUUAUGAUGACGACAAGGAGAUGGAGUUAGGUACGUCAGGGGAAAGCUACAUGAUGAGGGUCUUGGAUAUAUCAAACUCAGUCACCAAGGUGAAAGACAAUAUCUCCGCAGCCAGGAGACUUCAGGAGCUACAUUCAGCUCAUGAGGCUAGAGAUAGGAAUUUAGCCGAAGAGAUGUGUGCCAGAGUGCUGACCUGGUCUCUAUGGCAAAUAGUUUUAAUGCUCUUAGUUGGAAUUACACAGGUAUUCUUCGUAAAAAGCCUGUUCGAAGACAGCAGCAGUCGAAGCUACAAACGCUUCGUUCCUAACUUCACGAAUUAUUAAAAGAUAAAAUGUUGGCAAGUUACUAUUGAAGUUCGUUGCAGUAUUACACCGACAUUGAUGCCCAAAUAACUUGUCGGAUGUUACCAAAGAUAUUGUUUAGUGAAAUUAGUCUGAGAUUUAGUUUAAUGCGGUAACAGAAAGUUGCAAUAACACUUAGGAAUGCGUUUAAAAAUAAA